AUGGUUAAUCAAUCUUUUCACACGACAACAACAUUAUCAUCAAUUACUCCACGUUGGCAGAAUUGCAAUAAUCGCAAUAAUAAUAAUCAUUAUCUUUUAGAAAACAAAAGAAUGUUUCUUUCGUUUCCUCAUGCCAGAGAUAUAGCCAUCUAUGCCGCUGGAUGGUGGAUAUUUAUCGAUGCAAUUAUUUACAAGACUAUUUAUAAUGAAAUUUCUCCAAUUGCAUUCGAGGAUUGGAUAAUGAAUACAAUUGACAAGUCAAUUAUUUCAGAUGAGAUUUAUAGUUAUGGUGAAUCACGUAGGACGCUCUGGAAAGCGCGCCUAUUAAUACUCUUAGGAUUUACAUUGAUGGCUUUUGGAUUAUGUGGUUCAGUGGCUGUAUUUGUAUUGGAUUGUAUAUUAACCGAAGCAUCUGUUCAAUCAAUCCAUUUUGGAAUUGUAAUUGUGGUUCAAAAUUUUUUAAUAGCACAACCACAAGAUGAAGGAAAUGUUUUUCUAUUAGAUGAUGACAGUACUAGUAAUAUCGACUUUAAAAUUAGGGAGGAGGUGGAUUAUAAUAAUUUUGAUAUUUACGAUAAUACUGUAUCAACUUUUAGAGUUCCGGUUACCGUUACUAUUACAGCCAGUGAUAGUGUCGCACCAUUGACCUCAACACCAAAUGAAUCAACAACAAAACCAUCACCAAAACCAACAUCGACAAAUAAAUCAAUAACAGAAUCACCACCUGGAGCAAAAAAAACUACAUCACCAAAUCCAGAAGCGACUACAGAAUCACCACCUGGAGCAAAAACAACUACAUCACCAAAUCCAGAAGCGCCUACAGAAUCAUCAUCGCCAAAAGUAGAAGAAACCACGAAAUCACCAUCUCCAGAAUCACCAUCUCCAGAAGCAAAAGAUAAUAUAGAAUCAACAUCAAUAAAAGCAGAAGCAACCACAGGAUUGUCGUCACCAAAUCCAGAAGCAACCACAGGAUCGUCAUCACCAAAUCCAGAAGUAACUACAGAAUCGCCACUAAAUGCAGAAGAUACUACAGGUCCAAAAGAAACAGAAUCAUCAUUACCAACAGAAAGAACUACAGAAUCACCAUCGCCAGCAACUUCAACAAUAACGCCAAUGAAGUCAUCAACAUCAUUAAUUGAAACGCCAAUAGCAACGACAGCAAGCAACAAAAUAAAAAAAUCACCGCUAUCUAAUAGAUACGUGCAAUUUGCAAUAGCCGUUUCAUUAAUUGUUAUAGGUUUUGCAUUAGCAGCACUUGUAUGUUUUUUUUUCCAAACAAAAAGAAAACGCGUACUUAAAUCCAUUUCACCAUCACAACCACCAGAUGGACCGUCAACAUCAACAUCGCCAUUACUGGUUACAAGGAUGUAUGAAGGAGAUGGCGAAAAUCAAAGAACGGUGAUUGAUUUGGGAGAAUAUGGACAAACUACUGCUUUCACUCCCACUACCAUCAUUGCAGGAAAUCAUGAUGAUGAAGAACAAGCAAGCUCCUCAUUUUUAAAUAUUCCAUCAGCUGGUGAAACUACUAUUUAUGGAUCAUCUGGUGGCUCUACUUCUAUGGUUGAUCUGGCAACUGUAUCUCAUCAUUCAUUAGAAACUCAAAGUGACGCACCAUUAAUGACCAGAGGUCAUUCCGAAUAA